AUGACAGACCAGUACUGGCAGCUGGAGAAGGAGUUCUACACUAUCAAUGUCCCGUCGGACCUCGUCCUGCGUGUGGUGGAGCACCAGGACAUCGCCACCCGCCAAGGCGACACCAUGGUGGUGAAGUCCACCCCAAUCAAGAUCCACGAGUUCCGUGUCGACAGUGAAACCCUCAUGGAUGCGUCGGAGUACUUCGGACAGCUCUUGGAGCAGCGCCCCUCCCACUUUGAGAUCCAUGAAAACGACCCCGGCAACGUGACGGGUCUCACAAUGUGGCUGAAGAUUGCCCAUCACAUCGUCCCAGACCACACGUACGAGCUCCACAUCUAUGAGGUCUGGUAUGUCUGCAGCGUCGCCAAGAAGUACGGCUUCGACCSACUCUCACCCAAGGCGAUGCAGUGGUUCGACGAGUGGUACAACCACCAACCACACGUCAAGCACUUCAACUUCCGUGAUUACGAACAGCUCAUCMUCCCCACGAUGACUUUCGAUAACGCGACAGCCUUCUCUCACACUACCAAGUACCUCGYCUACAGAUCUAACGGAGCCAUCAGCGAGACCAAGCCAGCGGAUUUCCACCCUGACAAUGCCGAAGAUGUCUUCACGGACCCGGCGAUCAUCGUGCAGCUCAAUUCUGCGCGCAACCGGCUCACCACAGUCCUGCACCGUACUCUGUACGCUCCGWUCAGCGAUUUUCUCGGCACUUCCUGCAAAUGCGCCAUGUAUCUCUUGUACUCAUACGAGAAGGGCCUCGCAAAUACUGGCUGCUGGCCAUUACACCCCGCCCUCGAAAAGAUGAGUAUGGCAACGGUCCUCGAGAACCUCAGCAAAUUCCAACACAUGCCCGUACAGACUUGCGGAAAGGAGAGAUGCAACAUUGAUCUGUUCAACGUGGUGGAGAAGGCGAUCAAAGACAUUGAGGGACAGUUUGCGGGACUCUGCCUCGACUGCAUGUACAAUUCCAGUACCCAGAUCGGCAAGGAGGAAUACUGGCGCCACGAGACGUUUGGUGUUCCCUGGGACCAGGGAUGCCGCGCUCCGMACACACAGCCGAGCUGGUUCUUCAGCUUCAUGGGCAAUCGUGCCGAGAUGAACGGGUACCUCUCAAACAAGACUCGCGAGCGCGCUAACAGCUACAGCCGUGAUCAGCCCAGCAGUUACGGCUAUGGCAACAACGCCUUCCCUCGCGGCGGCAACUAUAGUCGCGGAAACAGCGACCGUGGACCACGCCAGAUGACCCGGAAAUCCCAGCGCCCAGGACGUCAUGACAGCGGCUUCUCUCAGCAAUUCUACCCUGGAGGAGUGCCCGGCCAUGCCAUUCAGGAUAUCAACGCCCGGAUGACCAACAGCCGCAUUUCCGAGGUCCAGGACACGGAGACCAACAUUUCAAACGUCUAG